CGCAUAUAUAGAAGUGGGAAUAAUUAUUUGCAUGACUCUGACACGUCUACACACACUUGGUAACACGCACCAUAUUUGAUACAUUUAAUUUCUUUUAAUAGCGAAAGUUAAUAUCAUGAGUUCAGCCGAUUCUAGGACCAUCGUCAUAUUGGCGGGACUGGCGGGGAUUAAAUAUGCGGUCAUGACAUUUAUUGCAAAGAAACACAAGGACAACGCUAAACCCGUAGCAACAAUCGAUGAGAUAUAUUUCUAUCCUUUCAAAGCACUUAAAGGAUUUAUGGUAAAUGAAAUAGAGCUAACAUACACUGGAUUCAAAUACAAAGGACUCUAUGACAGGCACUUUAUGAUUGUCAAUGACUGUGAUGAAAUAGUGACCAGUAAGGAACAACCGAGUCUUGUCCUGAUCUCAACAUCAAUACAGAAUGACAGACUAUGGUUACACGUUGAUGGUAUGGAAGACACCAGUCUACCACUCGACACACAAAACCUGAAUCGUUUGUGUGGGAAAGUGCGGACAGUAAAGAACUGGUUCAAUUACUGCAAAGGGAUUGACUGUGGGGAUGAGAUAGCUGCGUGGUUUAAUAAAUACCUCAAGAAGACUAAUCUCAGAGUGAUCUACUUCGACAAAAAAUUCGAGAUUCCUUUUGCAGAUGGAUUUAGUUCAUGGGAUGGCUUAUUAAAAAACUGGGAUAUGUCAUCAUAUACAGACGGUUCGCCUGUGAGUUUGAUUUCCCAUUCUUCGAUCGAUGACUUAAACACCAGGUUACCUAAAGAGUCCAAAAUCAGAACAGUGAGACAAUUCAGAAUGAAUUUGAUAGUAAAGGAUUGUGCACCAUAUGCUGAAGAUGAUUGGCAGGAGUUUUAUAUUGGCGAGACAAAGCUCCAUCAUUGUCUAGUUUGUCCAAGAUGUAUUGCACCAAAUGUUGACCCAUUGACUGGAAAACGCAGCAAGGCUUUUGAACCACUCAAAACUCUAAAAACGUAUAGGCUACCUGACGAGCUAGUGAAAAGGAUGUAUCCAAAAACCUGCCCCGAUGUAAAAAAGCUUGCAACAUUUCCCAAGAUCGGGGCAUUGUGUGGAGUCGACACGUGUGGUACUAUCAAAGUAGGUGACAUCGUCAAAGUAUGAGCCUGACCAUAGGAAAAAGCCGUACAUACCUGCAUACAGGGUGAGCCAAAGUGGGACAAUGUGUGAAAGGAAAUCAGAUCAACAUUUCCAAUUAAUUGCUGGAGUAUUUUAACUCACAUCAUUUAUUUUCAUGUGUACUUUGAACUUUGAAUCUUAAAUAACUUGACCAAUCGAUAGUUGCGCCUUGAAUCAUUUAGAGAAGCUUGUCUUACAAUAAACUGACAUGAGAACUUUGGUGGAUUUGUUAUUCUGUAUUUAACAUAUAAAUAUUGCAAUGUGUAGCAUGAAACUUAUCCGAUCAUUGUGCCAAUAUAAGUGUAAUAACCAACAUUUAUGAUAUUUACAUUGAUCAGGUCACGUAAUCUUCCGAUGUUAUUAGCCUAGGUAUUCCACGCAGAUUAGUGUGUUAUCAUAAAUGAAUUGGUCAUUCCACUCAUAUGCAUAUGGGAGAUGAUAUCAAAUAAUUAUUUUUCACUGUGGUAAAUACAAGAACAUAUUAAGCAAUAUCAAUAUGCGUUAUUUAUAG